ACCUCCAUCGAAGCUCUAAAACAAACAAUAGGUGGCGGUAAUGCACCAUAUUGGUUUGCCAACUGCCAAAUAAACUCAAAAGAAGAAGAAGAAGAAGAAGAUUCCUGCGCCCGGGAGUUUGCAAACCAUUUCAGGUUUUGUUGAUAGCUAAUGCAAGUGGUAAUAAGCCUUAAUCUUUCAAACCUAGUCCUUCUCGACCUCUCGUAUCUUGUUACAGUAUUCAAUUUUUUUUUUGUUAUCCACAAUAGGGUAAAAUAUGUUGAUAAACAUGUCACCGUGCGGCCCAACUUUGGAAGAACAGCUUUCGUCCAUAAUGGACGUACUUGCGAAAGCUGCCGUAUCAGAAAUUAGCCAACUGUUCUCGGAAGGCUCGGCUACCCUUCGAUUACAAAUAACUCAGAGCCUGAAAGAAAACCAAUCGCUGAGGAAGAGGAUGAAGGUGAUGAGGAGUACGCUGUUUUCUUUGCGGAUUCAAACGAGAUCAAAUGCAUCGUGUGCGGCAAGUCGUUUUACCCUGGCUCGAGACAACCUCUGCAAACCACAGACUAAACCACAGGGCGAUGAACACUGCGAUGUCUUUGGAGACCGCAGCACACAGCGCGGCGCCACCUCAGAGAGUCUUUACGCCCCUGGCUCCUCCCACAUGUUCAGUCACAGCGAGGAGCUGAGUGUCCACGGAAAAGGGGAGGGCCCACUGGCGCUGGUCGGCCAUGACACACUCUUCACCGCGUCCAAACGGGAGGCCCUGAACUCGCUGUCUGCAGACCACAGUGUGGUCAAGAGCCUGGAGCGCGGCGAGCAGCUGGUCCGCCGCGAGGAGCUGACUGGGCAGCAACAGACCCCAGACACCAUUUUAAUCAAGGAUGAAGAAGAUAUUGGUGGAGGCAUGCCUGCUGUAGAAUACUGCGAUGACUUUGGAGACUGCAGCACACAACACGGCGCCACCUUGGAUCAUCUGCAUGUGGACGCCCCUGGCUCCUCCCACAUGUCAAGUCACAACAGGGAGCUGCGGAUCCUGAGCGUCUAUGGAAAUGGGGAGGGCCCACUGACGGGGGAUGGCCAUGACAACCUCUUCACCGCGUUCAAACCGGAGGCUCUGAGCUCGCUGCCCGCGGUACACAGUGUGGGAAAGAGCCUGGAGCGCGGCGAGCAGCUGGUCCACCGUGAGGAGCUUACUGGGCAGCAGACCCCAGACACCAUUUUAACCAAGGAUGAAGAGGAUAUUGGUGGAGGCAUGCCCGCUGUAGAAGACUGCGAUGACUUUGGAGACCGCAGCACACAGCGCGGCGCCCCCUCAGAUGGUCUGCAUGUGGACGCCCCUGGCUCCUCCCACCUGUCCCGUAACAGCGAGGAGCUGCGGAUCCUGAGUGUCCAUGGAAAAGGGGAGUACCCACUGGCGGUGGACGGCCAUGACAACCUCUUCAAACUGGAGACUCUGAGCUCGCUGUCUGCGGAACACAGCGGGGCAAAGAGCCUGGAGCGCGGCGAGCAGCUGGUCCACCGUGAGGAGCUGACUGGGCAUCGGGGCCGCGGCAAGGACCGGCCCGCUGUGUUGUCUGGCGAGUGUUUUCCCGACAAAACCAAUAUGGUCAUCCACAGGCGUACCCACACCGGCGAGAAGCCGUACGGGUGCGACCAGUGCACGGAGCGCUUCAAACUGAAAGACAGCCUGAGGAGCCACAUGAGGAGGACUCACUCCGGGGAGAAGUCCUACAGGUGUGAUCAAUGCGUGAAGUCCUACUAUAGGAGCUCUCACCUGAAUAGGCACAUGACGACUCACUCCAGGGAGAAGCCCUACAGGUGCAACCAAUGCAUGAAGCGCUUCAUUUCGAGCUCUAACCUGAAGAUCCACAUGAGAACUCACUCCGGGGAGAAGCCCUACAGGUGUAACCAAUGCGUGAGGCGCUUCAGUACGAGUUCCAACCUGAAGAUCCACAUGAGAACUCACUCCGGGGAGAAGCCCUACAGGUGUAACCAAUGCGUGAGGAGCUUCAGUACGAGUUCCAACCUGACGGUCCACAUGAGGACUCACUCCGGGGAGAAGCCCUACAAGUGUAACCAAUGCGUGAAGCGCUUCAGUCGGAGCUCCGCCCUGAAUAGACACAUGAGGACUCACUCCGGGGAGAAGCCCUGAAGGUGCAACACCAGCCUCAGUGACCCUAGCAAUUUGCGUUGGCACAUGCUCAAGCACCGAGGCAAUGGGGUGCUUUGACACGGGCAAUGGGACCUUUUAAUUCACACCUCUAUCCUGUUUUUGUUUAAAUUUGUCUGCUGUAGUUAUUUUUUAUUCAUGAUUAUAGACUCUUUCCAACUUUUCGUUCGUUUCGUUUACUCUUUUAUUGUUGUAAAUAAUUGAUUUCUGCGUGAAGGUGAGGGGUAUUGACCAACGUGGAGAUUUUAGGAUUGGCCAGAGGAGCGACCAAGUUGAAUUGCAAUACACUGUGGGUGAAGUGGACUUGGCUGCAAGACAAUUGAAGGAAUCUACAACAAAAAAGUCACUAGAUUGGCCAAAGUAUCAGACUUGGUGGCUACAGUUGCAAUGCAAACUAUAACAACACCUUUCAUUUAGAGAGGACAGGAGGUAUAUCUAGGUCCAAAGAGAAUGUAUAGAUAUCCCUUUCAAUUGGCUAUAUACAAUAUACAAUUGUAAAUUAUAAUUAGGACAUGCAUGCAACGCUCAAUGUAGCUGCCAGCAGAAACGGUUGCAUGAUUUUGGAUAUUAUCAGAAUAAUUUUAAGUUUCAUAAAAUAAUAUUUUUAAAGGUCCCAUAGCAUGCUACUUUAUGGAUGCUUUAAUAUAGAUAUUAGUGCAGUAUUUGAAGCCGUUUUCGAAAUGUAGCCGUGGUGCAGAAUUAGGCUACUGCCACUACGAGCCAGUCGCACAUUGAGCUUUCCCCAAACGCACCAUUUCGGUGUCUGUAGCUUUAAUGCAAAUGAGGAGGAAGGUGGAGGGUGGGGGUGUGGCCCUGAGCAGCUUGCUGCCACGGUUCCAUGCGCUCCGAUUACAGUGGAUGUAUCGCAAUGGCGAGGCGCACUUAGCCUUUGGCAGUGUUCUGUAAAUAUUCUAGAACACUCCGGGUGCUCCGGGGGGAGUCCUGGAGCUCUACAUCUAAAUAAUAUAUUAUACAUGGAUAUCUAUCAAAUAAUAUAUAUUAUUACGACCAAAAGCUGGGCCUCCAGAAGAUAUUAUGAAUCACAAACGACUACGUUGGGUUCUCUGACCCUCUGGUUCUUCCACGUCCACAUCAAUCUGAAGUAGACUGAACCACGACAUGGAGAAGAAAGGGUUUGUUGAGCGCGGUUGUCUCCCGCUGGAGCCUCUCUGCCGAGGGACCACCUUCUCGGCAGUGGUCAGCGCUUAGGCACCACUGCCUCCUGCAGCGGGCAGCGCCGACACGGUGGUCCCUCGGCAGCGGGAAGAGGGGCUCAAGCAGGGGAUAUUUGCGGGCAACAAUCCCUUUCUCCUCCAUGUCGUGGUUCAUGUACUUCAGGGAGUCAAAGCCAAAGUUCCUUUCCCCCAAUUCCUUCUCAAACAUGUCUGAGAUAACGCCCACUACAAGUCUCGUUGUGGAAAUACCAGAAACGAGAGUCCGACGUGUUAUAUGCCAUAACAGGGUUCCCGCGGAUCCUUAAAGUCUUAAAAAGUCUUAAAUUCAUAAAUCGAAAAAAUAAGGCCUGGUCUUAAAUCCAUCUUUCAAAAGUCUUAAAAAUGUUUACACAUGGUAAGUAGGAUUUUAUGAUUGUAAUUAGUCUCAAGAAGAAAGAAAGAAUAGUUACAAAAAUGUAUAUAUAUAAAUUAGGGCUGUAACCGAAACCGAAAUCGCGACACUCAAAGCCAAGGGAAAGUGAAGGGAAAAGAAAAAAACAAUAAUGCAGAAGGCAAUUCUUUUUUAUUGUCUCAGGUUGUACCAAUAGUGUCAUACAGUCUCUCCCCUGAGCUAGCUGCAACAGCUUGAACUGUGUCAUCGAAGAUUUAAACAGUGAACAAUAGGGCUGUAAAGAUAUGAGUAUCAUAAUCGCGACACUCAAAGCCAAGAACCUGUCUCACGGUUUGAGAAGGCCGAAGCGCGAUACGCCCUUUCUAACUCUCCGGUCAAAUUGUCCGAUUUAAAUUUGCUAAUAAUUUGUCUAAAUAAUAGUCUGCUGACACCGCCCCCUCUUAUCGAUGCCAUAAGUUUGCGACGAGAUGCCCAGUGAUGACCGCUCUCCGUGGCUACGGAGGAUUUCAUUUCUCCACAGCGAAGUCCUCAUAUGCGAUAUGAACUACAUUUAUCCAGAGUGGGCCAAGCGCGAAAAAAAUUGCCUGCCCCUGUCUCUAUUGUUUUGUGUGAUUUGACCGGCAGUUGGUCUGCUUGUCGGAAUGAAGCGGCCACCGAUUAUUGACAGGAUGGGUACUUUAUUCUACCAGACUCGUUCGCUUCUUCACUAGACAGUAGACACACACGCUACCCCUCGCUCUCCUAGCUCGUCUACUCAUUCGCUGACGUCACUCACACACACACAUACGCACACUACCAUUCUCGCGCACACACAUACGCUACUCGUAACACUAUGCCUCGUUAUUGCGACGUUCAUGUUUUUUCCCAUCUAUUGAAAGUUAGGCUAUUAAACAUUUUUCAUUCUAUACGGCCUGAUUAUGUCAUUAUUUAAGCUUCAUAGCCUAAAGCGCCAAUAGGAUAUUUGACUAAACCUCCAAACUAGUUGAGGGUUUUUGCUCCAACUACAAUCUUUGGUUAUUUAUUUAUUAAUUUAGCUAGACUUUAAUAGUAUUCUUUCUGUUCAAAUCUGUUCAGUGUUACAAAUUAUUUGUUAUUAAAUGUGACAUCAAGUUAAUUGUUAUAUAAGUGUUGUUGAAAUAAAAUGCUUUUUAAAUUUAAAAAAAUCGUCGGAUGUAUCGAACCGUGGGUCAAAAAUCGUGAUACAAACCGAUUCGUGAGUUGGUGUAUCGUUACAGCCCAAAUAUAAAUGAAUAGCAGUAUUGUUGCGCAAUCACGAGAGCGGAACCAACAAAACAUUUGUUUUGCGGCCGUGACUCAGAUGCACGUCGUUCAGGUGCGCAAGAGGUCAUUUUUGUUUCUGUCCAAAAAGCCUACUGAUAGUGGAAAUAUGUUCAAAUACAUUUUUCCACUAGUGUUUACUGUGUCGUUGGUCUUAAAUUUCCUUUCAAGUGGCAUUAAAAAAGUCUUAAAAAGUCUUAAAUUUAACUUUCAUUAAGCUGUAGGAACCAACACCAACAGCAGACCGGUUAUCCAAAUAACAAAGAAGUGUACCAUACUUUCGUUACAGUAUGUGUAAUCACACACACACACACACACACACGGCACUCUCACGGGCGUAUCUCAUCGGCGGGCUAAAUUUUCUGGGCUGGCGAGGCAGAGAAAGGAGAGGUUGCAUCUCCCCUUAUGACACACCGGGAAAAUUCCAAAACGGCACGUCUGACCUUCGUUUUUUCAAUGGCGGAGCAGAAUGCCUAGUGGUCGUUCUACACCCAACAAAAUUUCUAGCUACUGGGGGAGCAUAGGUAGGCUAGGGGAUCUCAUAUUAAUGUUAGAAAACCUCAAAGUGAAAUUUUCAUGACAUGGGAUCUUUAAUAAGAAUGACACCACAUUUAAAUAUAUCAUAUAUUUAUCUGCAUUUCUUUUAUUUUGCAAUAUGUUUACAAGCGGACCCGUUUAUGCAAUGUAUAGCGGAACUCGAUCCAAUUGAAAGCCAAUCAAAUGUAUUCAAACUUUGUCGCAUUGUCUAUUAGUUUAACUCUUCCAUUUAUUUGUUUCCAACUUUUUUUUUUAAAUGGUGUGCAGGUUUACAUUGUUUACUCCAUUUAGACCAGGGAUGGGCAACUGGCGGCAUCGGGCAUGCGGCCCGCGGGCAUCCUCACUCAGUCAGGCCCGCACAUAAUUAAAAAAAAAAAAGAUUAUUAUUAUUAUUAUUUUUUUUUUUUAUAAUUGAUCGAGUUACAGAAAACUCGGUCAAGAAAGAUGAGAAGAAUUCAUAGAAUUCAAAGGCAAACCCAUGCGUCUAGUUUGCUUAGAAAGGAUAUCAGUCAUUAAAGAUAUCCACAUAAGUCGCCACUACAACUACUACAACUGCAAUGAAUAUCAUGCUUGUUGGGUUUGAGUUCAUUGAGUUGUUGCACUUAAUGUUGGGCCACUGUUUUUCAGCUUUGUGACAUCAUUGAAUGAUGAUAUAUGUGAGCCCUUUGCACUGAUAACAAUACUAACCAUUCAUGUGGCUGUUUGAGCAUGCAAAACAUGAAAUGAAUUGUUGGUUAAAUUAACAUACCGUACAUAGGUUAUGAUUCUGGAAGAUUUUUUAGGUAGUGGCCAUCCCCAAAAUGCACCAGAAUGCAGGAAAUCAUGUCUACCAAAUUCGAAAUUGUGUAGCUUCUCUCAGCUCACGUUUAGUUGAGUGUGCAGUCAUGUGGCCCUCUGAUGGUUAUGAUGAAAAAUGUGGCCCUCUUUAUCAUGAAAGUUGCCCAUCCCUGCCCUAACCCAAAGGGUUAGGGCGUGACUGGGCUCUGGUUUUCCCUUACG